AGUCCAUCAUCGUUGACGUGUGUGCCUAAUCUGCACUGUGCCCCCUCAACCCCACCAUCCAUUCGAUCUCAUCUCUCUCUUCCUUGCUCGCUUCCAUUGCUUUCCCCUCGGGCAGACUUUGCGACAACCCAACGGUUCUCUACCUUAGUUAAAACCUUUCGGUUCCCCCUUUCUAGACGCAUUAGCGAUCCAAACGACCAGGACAGGUCCCCAGACUUCAAAAUGGCCGGAAACUUUGAGGAAGUUGCCAAACAGUUUGUUGAGUUCUACUACAACACCUUCGACAGUGAUCGCAAGGGUCUUGCUGCUCUCUACCGAGACAACUCUAUGCUGACUUUCGAGUCUGCUUCCGUCCUCGGCACCCAGGCUAUUACCGAGAAGCUUGCUGGCCUCCCCUUUGAGAAGGUCAAGCACCAAGUCUCUACCCUCGAUGCCCAGCCCUCCAACGACCAGGGCGGUGUCAUUAUCCUCAUUACCGGUGCUCUCCUUGUCGAUGAGGAGCAGCGCCCCAUGAACUUCAGCCAGUCCUUCCAGCUCGCCCGCGAUGCGAAUGGCCAGUACUUCGUCUACAACGACAUCUUCAAGCUUGUCUUCGGUUAAUCGAAAGCAGUUACACUGCCGGCCGGCGCCUUUGGUUGUUUGAAUGAGUUGAGCGAUGUUUAUAAACACACAAACACACCAAGUGGGGCGACAGACGAGGGGAAAUUAAAGCGGCAAUGGCAACGGAAUAGCUUCUUUUUUGACGAUAAGAUGAAUUUAGAGCAUGGCUUGAAGGGAGCGCAAGUGUUUGACUCGGCUGUGAUUAUCUUGAAUUUCUUCCCGCUGAUGAAGCGGAAUUAUUGGUUCCCAAAGCUAUGAGUACUCAACCUCAGCCUCAGCUUGACGACACGGCAUAGAGGGCCUGAAGAGAUGGAGCCAAGAACAGGCCAUCUAGAAUUGAAAACUGUGAGUGUAAAUGGUGCAACGACAUACGUCACGUAUACUUGAAUAGGGUCACCACUUCGUGAUUGGCAUUCUACCUUUGAGAAAUGAACGCCCUCAGUAGCCACGACCUGACUAAUCUUUCAGCAGCAGACAGGGAAAUAUGCAACAUAUUUUAUGUGCUAGCUCUGUGAAGAUGGUUAUGAAAACCUCAAUUUGCUUGUUAUUAACACAGAGAAUACACCUGUU